GUUGCUGACCUAUUCGUAAUCUCUGCAGAUCAAAGACACAGAACUGGAUAGAGCCAUGACUCAGAGAUGCGGGGAGUGGGGGAAUGCUUGUUCUGAGCUACCAGCUGUUAUGAAUUUGUGAUCACAGAAGAAUCCCUGGGUGGUGUUUGAAGGACCAUUCCCUGCCAGAGCCCUUGUUGGAGCCGGGGUGAUCUCUGAUUGACUUCAGUGCUGACCAGAUUGAAGAGUUCAAGGAGGCCUUCAUGCUGUUUGACAGGACCCCAACCGGGGAGAUGAAGAUCACCUACGGUCAGUGUGGUGAUGUCUUGCGGGCUCUUGGGCAGAACCCAACCAAUGCUGAAGUCCUGAAGGUGCUGGGCAAGCCCAAACCAGAAGAAAUGAACACAAAGAUGCUGGACUUCGAGACCUUCCUCCCAAUGCUGCAGCACAUCUCCCGCUCCAAGGACCAGGGAACCUUUGAGGACUUUGUGGAAGGCCUCCGUGUCUUUGACAAGGAGGGGAAUGGCACCGUCAUGGGUGCCGAACUGCGCCAUGUGCUUGCCACACUGGGAGAGAAGCUGACGGAAAGUGAAGUGGAGCAAUUGAUGACAGGACAGGAAGAUGCCAACGGCUGCAUCAACUAUGAAGCUUUUGUCAAGCACAUCAUGUCUGGUUGAAACAAGAAUCUUCAGGGUUUUCUGAAAUGUUUCCAUCCAACUAAGCAUUACCAACAGCAAGAAUUCUUGACCCAUGUCCCUUCCUUCCUAAAAUGUCCUGAGUCCGCAGCUGUAUCUCAUAUGAGCCACAACAAAGAGUCCUCGUAGCCACAAUGUACCAACCCUACACUAUUGUGUGCGAUCACCUCUGUAUAUAAAAGGACAUAUGUCUGCCCUUCCAUUUUUAAUCUUAAUUUAUUCUUUUGAUUUUGUUUCCCUGCGUCGUUUGACCCAUUAAA